UUUUUAAUUAAUUAAUUCUGUUUAAAACCAAUUCGUGCCAUCUCUUAAACAACACCUCAAUUCAAAAAGUCCUUGAUUAACUGUCAAGAAGUGAAAAUUUCAAACAAACCAAAUAAUUUAAACUAUUUCAAUGUAAAUAAUCGUAUUAUCAUCGUAAAAUGUGCUCCUUAAUAUCCUAAAAGUUAAUAGCCUUAAAAACCUUUAAAAAAAAACAUCAAUAAUAACCCUAAAGAAAUCCUAACCUAAAAAUUAAACAAGAACUACAUUAAAAAGGCAAAAAAUGUGGGAUUCUUCGAUGUUCCUAAGUACUUUGACGCCAAAAUUCUACGUGGCCCUAACUGGGACUUCCUCACUUAUUUCUGGUUUGAUUUUAAUCUUUGAGUGGUGGUAUUUUAGGAAAUAUGGGACCUCGUUUAUUGAACAAGUUUCCUUGAACCAUAUUAGCCCCUGGAUUAGCGGUGUUGAUAAUACUGAAAAUACAACAAAUAAUGGUAAUAAUAACGGAAAUUCUACACAGAAUAAUAUUCCAGAAUGUAAAGUGUGGAGGAAUCCUUUAAAUUUAUAUCGAGGUGCUGAGUAUCAAAGAUUUUAUUGGGCCACCAAUAAAGAACCGUUAACUUAUUAUGAUAUGAAUUUAUCUGCUCAAGAUCAUCAGACCUUUUUUACUUGCGAAGCUGAUGUUGGUAAACCUGAGUAUGAAAUAAUGCAAACAGCUUGGAGAGAAAGGAAUCCUGUUGUAAGGAUAAAAGCUGCUCAUAAUGCUUUGGAAAAGAACUUGGAAUGUGCGCCAGCUUAUAUUUUAUUAGCUGAAGAGGAGGCUACUACAAUCACGGAAGCUGAAAAAAUUUUAAAACAAGCUUUAAAAGUCGCAGACUUAAAUUAUCGGAAAUCGCAAGCUUUACAACAUCAAGGAUCUUUAAUGGAAUCUCAACAUCGAAGAGAUACCAACGUAUUAAUAUAUAUAAAGCGAAGAUUAGCAAUGUGUGCAAGACGAUUGGGAAAAUUAAAAGAAGCCGUGAAAAUGUUUCGUGACCUCACAAAAGAAGUUCCACCGAUUAUGAAUGUUUUAAAUAUUCACGAAAAUUUAAUUGAAGCUUUAUUAGAAAUGCAAGCGUUCGCAGAUGUUCAAGCAGUUUUAGCAAGAUACGAUGACGGUUCUGUACCACGAUCAGCAACAAUUUGUUAUACAUCAGCUUUAUUAAAAACUCGAGUUGUUGCUGAAAAAUUUUCUCCAGAUAUUGCUUGUAAAAGAGGGUUAACAACAGCUGAAAUGGCAGCGGUUGAUGCAAUACAUAGAGCCGUUGAAUUUAACCCCCAUGUUCCUAAAUAUUUAUUAGAAAUGAAACCUUUAAUUUUACCGCCAGAACAUAUUUUAAAACGAGGUGAUUCCGAAGCGAUUGCUUAUUCAUUUUUUAACUUGGCACAUUGGAAACAAAUGGAAGGUGCUUUAACCUUACUACAUUGUACUUGGGAAGGCACGUUUAGAAUGUUACCUUAUCCGUUAGAACGAGGACAUUUAUUUUUCCCUUAUCCAACUUGUACGGAAUGUGCCGAUAGGGAGUUAUUGCCGGCAUUCCAUGAAGUUUCUGUUUAUCCAAAAAAGGAAUUACCAUUUUUUAUUAUAUUUACUGCUGGGUUGUGUUCGUUUACAGCUCUUUUAGCGUUGUUGACACAUCAAUAUCCAGAACCAAUGGGAGUUAUCGCAAGAUCAAUUUUAAAUUGGUUGUCUUCGCCAGUUUAUUAUGUCUUUGAAAAGAUCGAAAACUUAUUACCCACUUAUUUAUUACAAAUGUUUGCUAGAGUUUAAAAAAUGAUUCCUUGUGUUUAAUUUUAAUUCUUUUUAAGAGUUAAUUUAAAAAAAUUAAGUAAAGAUGUGUAUUCAAUUUCUUCUUCUUCUUAAAACCAGGGGUAACAACUUGGUUUCUGGGGUAUUUAAUUUAUUUCUUUGAUUUGAAUAUCUCGUUUUUGUAUUUUUUUUUUUUUUUUUUUUUAAUUUAAAUUAAAUGGAGAUGUUUUGUUAUAAGUACUUAAUAUGUAUUAUUAGACGAUGUAAAAUAUAAAGUCUAAGUAA